CUACACGUGCGCGCGCAUUCCCUGCGUCUGGGAGCGAGUACGUCCGCCUACGUCCUCCUCCGCAUCUCCAGACUCCAGUCCAUCCAGGGAGGAAGCGGUGUCCCUGGCUUCAGACCCGCCCACAACACGACGACAAGCGCCCGGGACAUGGAGCGGCCCUGACUGACCGCUUCCAGCACGGACACCCAGCUGCCCCUAGCAGGGAGACCGCCGGCACAGCAACAUGAGUAACAACAACAACGCCGUGAACAACAGGCAGAGCAAGAGGGCCACCACCAACUGCGGCUCCAUCCUGCUCACCGUACAGGAGAACGAGGCGCUCUACAGCUACCUGGGCAAGAAGUGUGUGACUAUUAACUCAGCUGUUGUACAACUUUAUGUCUCGGAUCGCAAUUCCACAUGGUUAAAGAAAUGUUGUGGAGUAGUGUGCUUGGUAAAGGACAACCCGCAGAGAUCCUACUUCAUUAGAAUAUAUGACAUUAAGGAUGGUCGGCAACUCUAUGAGCAAGAGCUUUAUUAUAAUUUUGUAUAUAAUAGCCCAAGAUCCUAUUUCCACACGUUUUCUGGUGAUGCAUGUCAACUUGGUCUUAAUUUUGCAAGUGAAGAAGAAGCAAGAAGAUUCAGAAAAGGAGUAACUGAAUUACUUGGGAGAAGACCUAAAAAACCUGAUAAAAAGCGAGAUCCUCCAAAUGGGCCAAGUCUACCGAUGGCAACAGUUGAUAUCAAAAACCCUGAAAUUACUAACAGAUACAGCCUACAAAUGAAUAACAUUCCCUUUAUUAAAGAGAAGAAAAAAGGAAAACCUAAGAAGAAGAGGCUCACUAAAGCAGACAUUGGAACACCCAGCAAUUUCCAGCACAUUGGACAUGUAGGCUGGGAUCCAAACACUGGGUUUGAUGUAAACAAUUUGGAUCCAGAAUUGAAAAAACUGUUUGACUUGUGUGGUAUCUCUGAAGCGCAACUUAAAGAUAAGGAAACUUCAAAGGUCAUCUAUGACUUCAUUGAGAAAACAGGAGGCGUUGAAGCUGUAAAAAAUGAGUUGCGCCGGCAGGCUCCACCUCCACCACCACCUUCAAGGGGUGGCCCCCCACCACCUCCAUUGCACAGCUCAGGUCCUCCACCACCCCCUCCUCCAGCAAGGGGUGGCAUCGGUAAACCGCCACCACCUCCUUCCAGAGCUCCUACAGCUGCACCCCCACCACCUCCACCUCUUCGGCCUGGGGCAGCAGGACCACCACCUCCUCCACCUAACAGAGUGCAUCCUCCGUCGUUGCCAGGUUACUCUUCAUCUGCACCUUCUAGUCCUCCACCCCCUCCUCCUCCUCCAAUGCCAGGAUUUGGGGCACCUGCGCCACCGCCUCCCCCACCCCCACCAGGCCCUCCACCUCCUCCUGGUCCUCCACCUCUACCUGGAUCUGCUGCAGAUAGUGACCAACAGAUGACAACUCCUGGUGGCGGCAAAACGGCUCUACUAGAGCAAAUUAGGGGAGGAGCACAGCUAAAGAAAGUAGACGGUAAAGAAAAUCGACCUGUGUCUUCCGGUGGACGAGAUGCUCUUCUAGACCAAAUACGACAGGGUAUUGCGUUAAAGUCUAGGCAAGAGGAACUUGAUGCUGCAGCACCUUCAACUCCCACAGCCCCUACAGGAAUAGUGGGCGCUCUGAUGGAAGUGAUGCAGAAAAGGAGUAAGGCCAUUCAUUCUUCAGACACUGAUGAAGAUGAGGAUGAUGAUGAAGAAUUUGAAGAUGACGAUGAAUGGGAGGAUUGAUCUACACAUUAUAUAAAUAUAAUAUAUAUUUUUUUUAAGGUGAAUGAAUACUAAACACUACUUUCUGUCUAUGAAUUCUGUAAAAUUAUCAUGUAAAUGGUCUACCAAUUUGCUGUAUAUUUUUGUUGCCUUUUUGCUUUUUUAAUAAUCUGUGCAAUACCUCAUUGGAGAUGCAAAAGUUUGUCGUAGCACUGCACACACAUCUUCCUCCCUCGGUGUGCAAACUCAUGUGACUUGGACAAUGACAUUAGUGAACACAUAACAUCCAACUGACAAGCUCAUGGGGAGAAGUGAGGCAGUGACAGAAAGCCUUUAAUGCAAUUGUUAUAAUUAAAAAAAAAAAAAAAAUACUAUUUUCUUACCCUGAUUUUUCUGUAUCUAAAUUUCUUAAGGAAAUCUAGUCUAGCACUACAUUCUUUUUUAAGUGGUGUUUAUCUUUGCUAAUUAAGCCCCCAUCAUUUUGAAUGCAAAGCUAAAUGUAUGUUAAUUAUAUAUGGGGUUUUUAUUUGGCACAAUUUUUUUACACUACAAAUGAUCAGUUUGUAUUCUUGCAGCCACUACAGAUAAUGCAUCUGCUAUAGGAACAGGAAGAAGCAAGCAAUAGCAUCUGCUGUUUUUCAGCAAUCUUACUUGACUUGGGAUUAUUUUUUUCACUCUGUAGCUACAAAAUCCGCUUAGUACUCUAAUAAGUUACUAUGAAUGUGAUGUUAGGGGUGAGGAGAAAUGACUGACAGUGAUUCUACAUAACUCUAAUGUACAAGACAACUCAUCAUUGUAAAAAAACAAACACUACUGCUGGGUUAGUAAACUGCCCAAGUUGACACUCUGAGAACACCAGGCGUUGUAACGUAGCCUGUUUUUGCACUUUUAUUGUAUCCACUUUGACAGAACCGCUUGUUGCUUGCUUCUCUAAUGUUGGGUUAAGUUCCAGAAUUGCGUGCAAGUCGCAUUGCAGAAGCUCCAAAAUACAUUCAGUGCCGUUUUUCUUGUGCUGCAUUCUGCUGUAUCUAAAAACAAACACUAAAACAAAAAUCAUACAAGAAAAAAAAUCUGUCUUAAAUGGCAUAUGAAUUAGUCUAUAUGGUAAAAUAAACACUAAUAUGUAAUGAACCUGCCUAUUGCAAUAUUCUGUUAUCUAAUGUAUAGCUCUGGAGAAGAGAAUGGAAUGAAUGACAAAUAAAGAAAGUUCACACAAAUUGUAUAUAUAGCUGAUAUCUUACUUCUUAGUCUUCACAUGGUCUUUGUGUAGCACAUUAUGCAAGAGAUGGACACACACAGUGUAGGCUUAUGAGCCAAUCAUUCCAAUUUGUGGCUCAGCAGGCACUUUGCAGUAGUCGGUGAACAUGGGCUUCCAUUCACACUAGAAAAGGCCAGCUAGCUACCAACUGUAAUUGUUUUAGGCUCAUUGACUGCCUGACUUCUGGGAUUUAGGAGCAGUUUUAUGUAUCUAAGCCUGUAAAGAAUCUGACAUCUUCUCUAGCUGAGCUAUAACAAAAGAAAACAUUGCUAUUGCUUUGCUUGUUAGUUUUAGCUCUUAUUGUAAAUGUUAACUGGCUGUUUAUGACUUAUGAGGUUAUACUUACAGGCUGGCCCUGUGUAAUUUUAUAUUCUUGAAAUCCUACUAAAUAAUGGACUCUUAAAUAAUCAUGCCAUUAAAGUGAUCAUGUAAACUUUA